AUGGGGAAGACGUUCCAAAGGAUUCAUGCCUCUAUAGUCGGCAAGUUCCAAGACGGCAUCGGCGAAAAGAUCCCACAGUGGAUUCGGGCAAAUGGAGGGCAGUUCUCGAGAGACGUGAACCCGCGAGUCACCCAUCUCAUUGCAACAAAGGAGGCAUUCAAGAGCCAUGCAGUUCCAGUGGAAACUGCUAAGAAUAUCGGUACCGUCAAAAUCGUCUCAUAUGAUUGGCUUGAAGACUCGUUGCUAUCAGACACACGCCGGCCAAAGCCUGAGGGGACAUAUCUUCUGAAGAAUCUGAUGAAGCCCGAGAAUAAGGAACUCCAGAAGAACAAGGUCACACCGAAGUCUAAGUCCCCAAAGGUGGUGAAGGAGAUCAAAGCAAAGAUUCCGAAACGUCGGAUAGCCGAUCCUUUCAUCGACCCAAAGGGCAAAAGAAAGCCCGUGCGUCAGGUUUACCAGGACAGAAAGACAAGUGUGGUUUACAGCAUCACCUUAUUCCGCCCAUCAAAACCACCAGUCAAUAGCAGGGAAAAAUACCAAUUGACUCUUUUUGAAUCUACUGCCGAACCACACACCUACUCGACCUACGCCAAAUUCAGUCGUGUUGGCAUAUCCAAUGUCGAACUUCUUGCGGGGCCAAGGGGUAAGCUUGAGAUUGCCGUGGACAAAUUCAAGCAGUUCUUCAAGGAACAGACUGGCAAGGAAUGGGACGGGAGGGCAAAUGGAAAGAUGCCACCCCCAAAGACAGACAUGGAGGGAAACACGUUGCCUGUUCACGAGGGUUGGUUCUAUCUCGAGGAAAAGACGACUAUCCUUAGUGCAUUUCUCAGGGAACCCCAGAGCACAGCCUGUCAAGGAUCAAGCGACAUCGCAUGCGACGGUAUCAAGGAGGAUAGUAUCGAGGAGAAGAUGGCAAAUCAUCAAGUCAAGGAUGGUGGUGAAGACGGAUGUGAAGUUGAUGAUGAUGAUGAGGCGAAGAAGGAAAUCGAUGGGUAG